AUGGCCAUGAAUAUAGGAACGCCGCGCCUCGAGGAUCUGCUAGUACCGCUGCUCACUUCUUUAUCCGUCGCUGCCCUUUCCAGAACCCCUCCAACCACGUUGCUCCCCCUUCUAUCGCCAAUUCUACGUCAACGAGUCCAUGUCCUUUCAUCGUCCUCCUCAGAUCCAUGGCUUCCCCUCCUCUGUUAUGAUGAAAAGAUUGCAGCAAAGCUAGAAGAUCUAGCCCUCUCCGCCGAAAUGGAGCCUCAUCCCAUCUCCGGCCAGGUCGAAGUUGACUGGGAGAGGGAGGCCGAGACACGCUUCCAGCGAAUCGAUACGGAGACCCUCGACGCAAUGGUAUCGAUCCCUAAGCUAAGUCUAUCGGUCAAAUUAGUAUGGUGUACUAAUGAUCCUCCCGGACUUGAUGGUCCUGAUGGUUGGCGAAUUGGUGAGGUGCGGGCCGGCGAGCCCGUGGAUUACACGUGGGGUACAUCGUCAUUGUCCCGUGCUGAAGAAGAAUUCCAAUUAAAAUACAUACAACAUGUGGAGUUACAACAGGACAAUAGCAUUGUCGGCAUUCCACUCGUACCUGAAUUAGAAGACGACAACGUUGAGGACGAUAGUACAUAUUGGGCUCAAUAUGACGAAACUUCUCCUAAAACGUCUGCUACCAAUACUUCUCAGUCUCCUGAAGCUUUUAAAAAUGGUAGCAGCCUUGAUUGUGGGGAUGAUGAAUUUUAUAAACUCUACUCAAGCGUACAGCCGGCAUUGGAUAACCAUGACCCGGACGAAGCUAUCACCAACAAUGAUCCAGGCAUCUCGCGUGGCCCAAAUCAGAUCACUAAUCUCCUAGCGCCAUCUAGGCCUAUAUUUCCGACGACUUCCCAAAAUAACCAUCAAGGUAGAAUCAACGGUCAAACUUGUUCCCCCCCACCUUUUGGCAAUUCCUAUUACUCGCACAUGGGUCCAGACGCCUCUCACAAUCUGAACACUGCACAAAUAACUUCAAAAAAUGGAUCAGAUUCUCAGCUGAAGCCCCCAAGGGAAACUGCUAUUACAGACUAUAUUAGAGUCAGUGUAAAAAAUAUGUAUAGCUUAGCAUGCGCUACAGGUAUCGACCGUGAAGGAUUUGAACAGAUUGUACUAACAGAGAUGAAAGCUCUACACUUGAUGAGUGUAGCUUCUGAAUCAUAG